UUCAGUUUGCCGUACUAAACCCGGAAAGGGUGUGGCUUUGAUUUAUGUUACCUAGCAAAGUUGGUUAGCUAGCUUAGAACAACGAGUUGUACACUUACCAUUAAAACAUGUUUACCAAGAAAAGGUAGAGGAUUGUGGCGGGGAUGUGGCUACAUUAUGGGAAACGUUUUUGGGAGAAAGAGUCGCCCUUCUCGAGUUACAGAGCAAGAUCGAGCGAUUCUGCAACUGAAGCAGCAGAGAGAUAAGCUAAAGCAGUACCAGAAGAGAACAAACCUGCAACUAGAGAAGGAAAGGAUUCUGGCCAAACAACUGCUAAAGGAUGGCAAGAAAGAGAAGGCACUGGUUCUUCUAAAGAAGAAGCGUUACCAGGAUCAGCUAUUAGACAAGACUGAGAACCAGAUAUCAAACCUGGAACGCAUGGUUCAAGAUAUUGAGUUUGUCCAGAUUGAGAUGAAAGUCAUCGAGGGGCUGAAGGUGGGGAACGACUGUCUGAAGAGUAUGCAUGAGGCCAUGUCAUUAGAGGAUGUGGAAAGGAUCAUGGAUGAGACCCAGGAUGCUAUUGAUUAUCAGAGACAAAUCGAUGAGCUCUUGGCAGGCUCCCUGACUCAGGAGGACGAGGACGCGGUACUAGCUGAGCUGGAGGCUAUUACUCAGGGUGAGGAGUUGGAACUUCCAGAGGUCCCCUCUGAGCCUCUACCAGAGGUCCCAGAAGCCGCUGAACCAGAGCCAGAGAGACGAGGAGCCAGGAACAAGGAGUGUGGUGAGAUGCUGUCAGCCUAGAGGCAGCCAACACACCAACGGCCUUUGUGUAUGCACAGUAAGAGCGUCAGGACUCCACAGUGCGCCAUUUUGACCCGCAACUAGAUCUUUUUUGGUCUGACGUCAACCUAUGCAGGUGCGACCUUGCAAAUGAAGGAUUCUUGCUUCAAUAGCCCAGCUAUUUUUGUUCCUCUCUGAUAUUUUUCAACAAAAACCGCCAGUAUUGAGCCUUGGGUAUCACACCUUGCGACAUAUGAGCGGGUGGCUCUCGGACGGUGAUCCAGCUGGCACGGGCGUUCCUGCCGAUCCGCCUCUCAGAGAAGGGAGACGCAGUGAGAAGUCGCCCCCUCGCAGUAGAGCUGUGUCCGUGUGGCCGGGACUUGGACUGGAUCAGAACGGCUCGAACUUUGACCCCCCAGCACUUGGUGGUCUCGUUGCAACGAGGCGCGGCUGUACUCGUGAAUUGGACGUUAGAAAAUCGGUUGGGGAGACAAUCGCUGUGAAGACUGACAGACAUUUCAAAGGGAGGAGGAAGAAGAAAGUGUUGUCCUAAGAUGUAUGGGCAGUGUAAUUGGCAGUCGUAGACAAUUCAGACUGAGUAACGUGUACACACACUAAUAUACACUUGAUUAGGUGCUCCUAUCUAGUAUACGGUAGGAACCCCUUUUGUCCCAAUCCACGUCAAGGUUUCAGCGCGUGAUGGGUUCAGAAAUGCCCGUGUACGCAUCACUGUUGUGGACAUUUGAGCAUUUGUGGCCUGUCAGCUUGAACCGGUCUGGCCAUUCUCCUCGGACCUCACAUCACGGUGUUUUCGUCCACAGAACUGCCGAUCACUGUUGUUUUUUGUUUGUAGCGUCAUUCUCUGUAAACUGGAGAGACUGUAGAGAGUGAAAAUCCCUGGUCAGCUGUUUCAGAGAUGCUGGAACCACAGUCAAAGUCGCUUAGAUCACGCAUAUUUCCCUUUCUAAUGUUUGCUCAAACAACUAAACCUCUUGACCAUGCCGGCAUGCUUCAUAUAUUCAGUCACAGCCGCAUGAUAUGCUGUUUGGCGAUUUACGUUAAUGGACAGGUGUACCUAAUAAAGUGGCCGGUGAGUGUACAAGCAUAUAAAUAUUUCCUUUUUUUGUGAUGUUAGGCAAACAUUUUAAGUAUUGAAUUAAUGUCAAAAUGUCUAUAGCUUUAUUUAUUUCUAUGGACUUUCAUUCACAGGUCUGAUUGACCUAAGAAUAAAUGGCGUGCACAUCUUUUUAAAGAAGUGUACUUGGCUAUCAGGACGAGUGCUAGCACAAUUAACAGGUUAGCUUAUAAACAUGGUCAAAACAACUAAAAGGCGCUUUACAUCACAAUAGCUCCUAUAUAACUAUGAAUGACUAUUGUGCUUAAGAGCGUAUCCAUUCUGUGACAGUUUGUACUGAAUUCUAUUGUUUCAAGUGCUUUUAACAGAGAAAGGAGAAUAAUUUAAGACCUCACACCUGGAUGAAGUGGAGUGUCAAUACAGCGUAUACUGCACUACAACCAAAUUCAGCCAAACUCAGUGUCAGUUAAGUACACUGCCAUUCAGAGGUUUGGGGUCACUUAAAUGUUUUGGAAAGGAAAGCUAUAUUUCUUUGUACAUUUAAAAUAACACAUUUGAUCAGAAAUACAGUGUAGACAUUGUUAAUGUUAAUGAGUAUUGUAGCAGGAAAAGGCAGAUUUUUUUGAAGGGAGUAGUAUACAACGUUGAACGAGAUCUUCCAUGGAAUAGCCUUCCUUUCCCAAAACAAGAAGACCCAGUCAGAAGAAUGUUUUUUUGUUUCUGGCCACUUUGGGCCUGUAAUCAAACUCACAAUCACUGAUGCUGAACUAGUCUAAAGGCCAGUUAUACUGCUUCUUUCUUCAACAAAACAGCUUUCAGAUGUGUUAACAAUCACAAAAUGGUUUUCUAAUGAUCAAUAACCCUUUUAAAAUGAUAAACUUGGAUUAGCAAACACAACGUGCCAUUGGACCAGGGGAAUGAUAGU